AUGUGCGGGCUGGUGAGCGAGAGCGCGCUGCACCGAGCGCACCGCAUGCGGACUUCCUCCCGGGCCUGGAGCUCGCCCUUGGUACCUCCGAGCGCCUCGGGCGUCGGAGCGCCCCGACUUUUGCCCCCGGGCUUCGAGGUCGCCCCUACUCAGGAUCGCCAGGACGGGAGCAGCAAUGGAAACCCGCGUCUCCCCCACCUCUCUUCCGCCGGGCAGCAUCUCUACAGCCCCGCGCCGCCCCUCUCCCACACCGGAGUCGCCGAAUACCAGCCUCCGCCCUACUUCCCACCUCCCUACCAGCAGCUGGCUUACUCGCAGUCGGCGGACCCCUACUCGCACCUGGGAGAAGCGUAUGCCGCUGCCAUCAACCCCCUCCACCAGCCGGCGCCCACUGGCAGCCAGCCGCAGGCCUGGCCCAGCCGCCAGAGCCAGGAGGGGGCUGGCUUGCCCUCUCACCACGGGCGCCCGGCCGGCCUGCUACCCCACAUUUCCGGGCUGGACGGGGGCGCCAUGGGCGUCCGCAGGGAUGGCUACCGCCGCUCGGACCUGCUGCUCCCGCACGCACACACCUUAGACGCCGCGGGCCUGGCGGAGAACCUGGGCCUUCAUGACAUGGGCCAGCCCAUGGAGGAGGUGCAGAUCGUGGAUGAGCAGCACAUGCUUCUGCAUGAUCAGACUGUUAUUCGCAAAGGCCCCAUCUCCAUGGCUAAGAACCCCUUGGCUCUCCCGUGUCCGAAGGAGCUGGUGGGGGCUGUGAUGAACCCCGGUGAGGUCUUCUGCUCCGUCCCUGGAAGAUUGUCCCUCCUGAGUUCCACAUCUAAAUACAAAGUGACAGUUGCUGAAGUCCAGAGGCGAUUGUCCCCGCCUGAGUGCUUAAAUGCCUCCCUGCUGGGAGGUGUUCUCAGAAGAGCCAAAUCUAAGAAUGGAGGCCGGUCCCUGCGCGAGAAGCUGGACAAGAUCGGGCUGAAUCUCCCUGCCGGGAGGAGGAAGGCUGCGCACGUCACCCUGCUGACGUCCUUGGUGGAAGGGGAGGCUGUUCAUUUGGCUCGGGACUUCGCCUACGUCUGCGAAGCAGAGUUUCCCAGUAAACCGGUGGCGGAGUACUUAAGCAGACCUCACCUGGGAGGCCGGAACGAGAUGGCGGCGCGGAAGAACAUGCUGCUGGCGGCACAGCAAGUGUGCAAAGAAUUCACUGACCUCCUCAACCAAGACCGAACCCCCAACGGGAACAACCGGCCUGCCCCAGUCUUGGAGGCCAACAUUCAGAACUGCUUGUCACACUUCAGCCUGAUUACCCACGGGUUUGGCAGCCAGGCCAUCUGUGCUGCCGUGUCUGCUGUGCAGAACUACAUAAAAGAGGCCUUGCUCGUCCUGGACAAGUCCUACAUGAACCCCGGAGACCAGAGCCCAGCCGACUCCAGCAAGGCCCUGGAGAAAAUGGAGAAGCACCGCAAAUGAAGUGGGCGGGAAUGAAAGGAAGGAAGAGUCUGGAAGGGAAAACAUUCUCCAAAACCACUCUGGACCAGCACAGAUGGGGGAACUCCUCUUGCCUAGGGGACAAGCUGAGCUCAUUACCCUCCCUCCCGUUAAAGGGGCCUCUGUGG